CACUUUAUUUUCAUCCAAACUCUGUGGAGGAGAAAGAAAAUACGAUCGAAUAUGUCCGGGGCUUCAUCCAGAAUUCGAAAGACUGGAUGAGCCACGACCACAUAGAUGCAGUCAAAUCUUGUUUGGACCCAGAAGAACGCCGGGGUGUCGACGUUAUAGUAAACAUUUCGAAUCCAGUAUUCGAAUAUAUUCUCGAGAACAAUGCAAGUCGCCUCACAGAAUUUUUCGCAUCUGGCGCGUUCGAAUGUAUCAAUCUCCAAGAGUUUGAUGCCUGUUUCUACGACGAUCCAACUUCCUCCCAGUCCACUGAAGCCAUUUUUAAUCUCACCAGUGACGAACCCGAUCUUUCAAAAUUCGCCGUAGAUCUAAGAACUUGCACCACGUUCGAAACUACAAAAAAAUGUGUCAUCGAAGUGUUUGACGGAUGCUCGCUGAAGAGACCUUCCAACUUCGUACGUUCUGUUUUGGACAUUGCCAUGGCACACUCAGGGUGCGAAGCAAUACUCGAAGCACACUCGGCACAGGCUACGAAUCAACUGUAAAUGUAAGACUGUGUAACCCUGUAAAACGUGCAAAACGAUAUACCGACAAUAGAUGAUAUUAUUCCUGUCAAUAUUGCUAAUUUAUCAUCACUCCUUCC